GUUUGUAUGUGAAGUGAGCAUUUCUCUUCAUGACUUGACUGUGUUAUGUCAGACUACCGCCCAACAGCACACGUCUGAUCUGCUGGAGAGGGAGGGAUGUGUGAGGACGAGCGGAGACGCAGCAGUCCUUCAGCAACACCAGUCUGAGAAACAACUGAUUUCACUCAGGUCAUUUCCUCGUGAGACUCAAUGAUCCAGGACAACUGCUCGUCUCCAGACUCCCUGUACGCUGCUGUGAAUGCGUCAUGGUGCUCCACCAGAAAGGACGAGUGUCACAACAGAACAUGGAGUCAGUCAGACCUCUGUCUGAGCCGCAGCGCUUUCCUGGAGAAGUACCUGGGCCCUUGCCGUUCACCCUUCUUCCUGCCCAUGUGCGUCACCUACCUGCUCAUCUUUGUAGUCGGCGUGCUGGGAAACAGCCUGACUUGUAUAGUCAUCGCCCGUCACCGUGUGAUGCGCACAACCACAAACUACUACCUGUUCAGCUUGGCCAUUUCUGACCUCCUCGUGCUUCUGCUGGGUCUCCCGCUGGAGCUUUAUGAACUCUGGAGCAACUAUCCCUUUCUGUUUGGCGUCACUGGCUGCUACUUCAAAACCUGCCUGUUCGAGACGGUCUGCUUUGCAUCAGUGCUCAACGUGACCGCCUUGAGCGUUGAGCGCUACAGAGCGGUGGUGCAUCCUCUGCAGGCCAAACACAUGGCGACGCACGCUCAUGCCAAGCGCGUUAUCCUCUUGCUCUGGGCCGUCUCGCUGAUGUGUGCCUUGCCCAAUACUAGUCUGCAUGGUGUGGAGACAUUAGAUCCCCAUUUUGGACUCACUUUCCCUGAUUCGGGGGUGUGUACAGUAGUGCACGAUAGGUGGAUCUACAACUUGCUGGUGCAGGUGACGGCACUGCUCUUCUUCCUCCUGCCGAUGCUGACCAUCACUGUGUUGUAUGUGCUGAUCGGCCUGCAGCUGCAUCGAGAACGGGACUGUUUUGAUUCAAAGAUCGGGCUCAAUCAGGAUGGGGUCAAUCAGAGGGCACGUCAUCGGCAAGUCACAAAAAUGCUCUGUGCAUUGGUGAUUGUGUUUGGGAUCUGCUGGGCCCCGUUUCACAUCGAUCGUGUCAUGUGGAGCUACAUUAAUGAAUGGACUGCAGAGAACCACAAUGUCUUCGAGUAUGUGCAUCUUCUUUCUGGUAUCUUCUUCUACUUGAGCUCAGUGGUCAACCCCAUCCUGUAUAACCUCAUGUCUUCACGCUUCAGAGAAAUGUUCCGUGAGGUGGUGUGUCAAAAAGACCAUCGUCAGCUCUCAAUGAGUAAGGUCACAUUACGGAGUGUUGUUUCUGCCUCUUUUUCUGCCUCUAAUUCUGUCUCGUUUUCUGUCAAAUUCAACCCUCGUGGGCUGCCACACACUCUGUAGUUAUCUUAUUCAAAUACUAUCAUUCAUAGUUGCGCUGUCGAAGUAUACAGUUACAUUAAUGAGUGCUCAUGUAAUCAUGUUAAUAUAGCCAAUAUACACACAGAUAUAUACAAACACAAUGCAUUCACCUCCAUUCAAAAGUUUGGGGUCGGUACAGUUUGUAAAUGUUUUUAGGGUAAUCUCUAAUGCUCAUCAAGGCUGCAUUUAUUUGAUUAAGAAUACAGUAAAAUGAAAAUAUAAUCAGACAAAUAUUGUGUUCUUGUUUCAGCGUAAUUCUACAUUUAAGUACUAAUUAACUACAUGUACUUACUAUAUGGGCAGGGUUAGGUUUAGGGUUUGUCUUGCAUGUAAUUAUGCAUCAUUUAUUGCUAUUAUAAUACUAAGUACAUGUGUAACAAGGACACCAUAAAAUAAAGUCUUACUGAAAUAAUUGCUCUCCAUGUAAAUAUAUAUUAAAAUGUUAUUAAUUCCUGAAUUUUUAGCAUCUUUACUCCAGACUCCAGUCUUUAGUGUCACGUGAUCCUUCAGAAAUCAUUCUAAUAUGCUGAUUUGAUGCUCAAGAAACAUUAAUUAUUAUAAGUGAUGAAAACUCUUGAGCACCUUCAUAUUUUUUUUUGAGGAUUCAGUUCAAAAGAAUAGCAUUUUUCAAUAGAAAUGUUUUGUACCAAUACAUACUUUGCUGUCACUUUUGAUUUGUUUAAUGCAUCCUUGCUGAAUAAAAGUAUAAUUUUUUUUACAGAUAUAGAUUUAUUUAUAUAUUUUAACAGUAGUAUGAGUGCACAAAAAAAACUUCUUUAAAUUUUUAACAUCAAAAUAGGACAAAACAAUAUAAUUUCACAUCUCAUACAAAACACAUUUUCUUGUGUUGCUCAACUUUUAAUAACACAUUUUUGAUUUUUGCACGUAAACACACUUAAUGAUGUCAUCAGAUACAAGCUCCUCUAAAGCCUAUCUUUAAAAUUAAAAACAUUAAAAAAUUUAUAUCAAGUAACUGGUACAGUUCUUGUCUCCUCUCCUCCUACUGUCCUGUCUAACACAAGCCCAAACAUACGUCUUUAAAAGAAAAUGGUCAGUUAGUUUUUAUAUUUCUUCUCGGCACAUGUAAAUAGUUCCAUAAGAAGCCACAGCAUCAAGUUUUACAUGUCACCAGCGAACACACAGACUGAAAGCCGGACUGGAACAGCAUAUGUGAGUGGAGCGGAGCCACAGAGGUUUCCACUGAAAAACACUGAUGCUCCGACCUCCAAUAAAACAGAAGAGUUUUGACAGUAAAUGUAAAUCUUAAGUGUUUCCAGUAAGCAAGCAAGUUUCCCAUCAUUCUCACAGACUGUAAAAUCUACUGUAGUGAUGCCAUAUUUCAUAUCACUGUGAUGGUGUGAUGAGAUCAUAUUAGAUAUAUAUUUGUUAUAAGUUGUGUUCUACGUGGUUAUAAAGUGCAGUUCCUUCUUCUAGUGAGCAGUUCAGUGACACACAUGAAUCCACUGCGUUUAAGACAACUUCUGUUCUGAACUAUCACAUCAUAUAUGAAGGAAUGAUGAGGGCUGUAGUCUUGUCAUGUUGACUCUGCAGAUGUUUGCAUGUUGUGAUGUUCCUCUGGAAUGAUGAGAACAGAUCUGUCGAACUCAUUUCAUGGUCUCCUCCACCUGUUUAUCUUCUUCUGCGAUGCAGAGCAAUACAUCACCCGUCAGAUACAAGAUUAUAAAAAGUGCUUGAUUUCCCUGAUUAUGUCAUGAGACAUUGUCACUGGCAUAAUAUGCUAAAUAACAAAUAUAUUUAUGCAUUAUUCUAAGUAAUGUAAAUAUUCCUAAUAGCCAGAUCUGGAGAACAAGUACGAUAUACUUUGAAUAAUUUGUUAUUAUACUUAAUAUCUUCUGUUGUUACUCUUCUUGUUUUUAAAUACUUUUUCAAUUCAUAUAUAGAUUCAUCU